CCAUCCUCCCUUUAAAACAUAUAGAGAGGAUGGAUUGCAGGAAGAGCACAAAAAAGGGACGGAAUGGAGGAUAGAAUGCUGGGGACUCUCUUUUUUUUUUUUUUUAAAGUGCCAAUAAGAUCUCCCAAAAAGUAUCAAACCUCAAUUGUACUUGCUCCAAUUCCCUUCAAAUUGUGUAGAAUGUUAUUGAUCCUAUUGAAUUAAUGCAGCAGUCAUCAUAGACUUUGCGACUGACCUUGCAUCCUUCUUCAUUUACAUCCACCAAAGAACACCAAUAACCAACCUAGAAAAAAAAAAAAGAAGAAGAAAAACACCACUAGCCACAAUCACGUGUUUAACAUCGGUGACACGGGGUCGCCAAUUGCUUCAGUAUAAGAAUAGGAGCUUCCCUUAGCUUCUUUGCUACCACAUUCCCCUAAAGAAAAGCGGCCAAUGGCAUCUCUUUCAACUCCCCUUCAAAGCUCCACUGCCUACUCCUCCUCCUCCACUCUGUCCUCCUGCCCUUUCUCUAUCAAGCCAUCACAGUUUUACCUCAGUGCCAAACGUAACUAUCAUCAGUUCACGGUUUCAUGCAAAAACAAUGAAAGCCAUGAACAAGUUAACAAUCUUGAUAGGAGGGAUGUGCUUUUGGGCUUGGGUGGCCUUUAUGGCGCCUCAAACCUCAUCAUCAACCCUUUUGCCAUGGCAGCUCCUAUAGCCGCCCCAGAAAUCACCAAAUGCGGUCCACCGGCGGACUUACCUUCAGGAGCAGUUGUCACUGACAAUUGCUGUCCGCCGGUGCCCGGCAAAGUCAUUGACUACAAACUCCCUCCACCACCUAAGGUGAACCGUUUUAGGCCAGCUGCUCAUUUGGUCAAGAAAGACUACAUUGAAAAACUUAACAAGGCGGUCGAGCUCAUGAAAGCUCUGCCAGCUGAUGAUCCCCGUAAUUUUACCCAACAAGCAAAUGUUCAUUGCGCUUAUUGCAACGGUGCCUACGUCCAAUCAGGCUCUGAUCAAGAAAUUCAAGUCCAUAACUCGUGGCUAUUCUUUCCUUUUCAUAGAUGGUAUUUGUACUUCUAUGAAAGAAUCUUGGGAAAGCUAAUAGGCGAUCCCAGUUUUGGACUGCCCUUUUGGAACUGGGACAACAUUGGUGGUAUGACCCUACCGUCCAUAUUUCAGGACCAAUCGUCAGCACUGUAUAACCAAAAUCGUAACCAAAGUCAUCUGCCACCAACAGUCGUGGACUUGGGGUAUAAUGGUACGGAUACAGAUGCAACAGACAUAGAAAGGAUAAAAAACAAUUUGGCGAUCAUGUACCGUCAAAUGGUCACUAAUUCCACCACUGCCAAAGAUUUCUUUGGAAAGGAAUACCGGGCCGGCGAUACGCCCAGCCCUGGUGCAGGGUCCAUCGAGGCCAUUCCCCAUAUCCCAAUCCACAGGUGGGUCGGCGAUCCAAGGCAGACAAAUGGUGAAGAUAUGGGUAAUUUCUACUCAGCUGGAAGAGAUAUUGUGUUCUAUAGCCAUCAUGCAAAUGUGGACCGGAUGUGGACAAUUUGGCAACAAUUGGGAGGUAAAAGGAAGGAGGUCCCCGAUCCAGAUUGGCUGAAUGCUUCCUUCAUUUUCUACGAUGAAAAUGCUCAGCCUGUCCGCGUGAAAGUUGGUGAUUGUUUUAGCAAUGAUAAAAUGGGAUAUAUUUACCAAAAGGUGGAUAUUCCUUGGGUUAAGAAUAAGUCCUUAUCUGUUAUCUUCAAGUCGAACAAUUGCAAUAAUAAGAUCCAACAAAUCAAUUUGGGUUUUGCAUCCUUUUUAGACAACAAAUACUUGAUAGCAAAGUAUCAUUAUAGAUAA